AAUAUUUCAAUUAUUUAAAAACUUUUCAAGGUUACUCGGCGAUCGAUAUGUAUAGCAUACUCUUAAUUGAACUUUUUCACUGGAUUUUUCUCCUCGUUUUUCCGGUCUACGCAAUAUUUUUGUGCUCUUCGAAUGAUCGUGAUCGGGAGCAAAUGCACUUGGAGAGAAGACAGGCCCUCCGUGACCGCCAACGUGAAGCAGUGAUCUCCGGUAAAAGUGUCCGAAGUGUGAUCGAAACAGAAGUUGAACCAGAGCCAACCCCAUGUCCGGUGGUCUCCCGUCUGAGUUGUGUCCGUAUGGCUCCUAAACUCAAAACUCACAGCGGAGUCAACACUGCCGAAGUUUACGAGAGACUCAAUCAAAAUGAUAAUUCUCGGCAGAAAAUGGAGAAGGAAAAGCCACCGUCGGCGGAGAUUAAGACUCCGAAAGCGGCCCCGAAGACCAAGUUGUCCAAUGAAUCAGAUGAGGAGAUUCCAGAUGAGAGGAGCAAGUUGGCAACGGAUAAGGACAAGGAAAGUGCACCGCCAUCUUCAAGUUACUAAUGGAACUUAGUUUAAUACUUGUAAAUGAGAUUUAUGACUAUGCAA